AUGGAAACCCCAUUGCAGUUGCCGAACGAUUUCUUUCAAGAGCAGCAGUUUCAGCACGCCAAGUAUCAUCAGCGCAGCUGCGCACCGGACGACCGCUCCGGCGCUCAGAUCGAGCGGUGCUGCACCUGCAACGAUUCCGCGUGCGGCGAAAGGAAGAGUCGAAAAUUUCACGGGACGUCGCAAACCCCGCUCUCAACUUUAAGAACAUCAUCCGCAUCGUCUUCAGCCAGGCAAGGUUGUCAGUGUAGCGUUUGCGAGUUCACGCCCUCUAGUCAUGGUAGUUCAUUUAGACAUCAGCAGCAGCAGCAUCACUGGCACAGUCGGCAGCGGGGCAGCCCGUGUACGAGCCGCAAAGAGUGCAACUCUUGUCAUGAAAUAGCCAUGAGCAGCUGCAGAUACAACGGCGGCGUCAUGCGGCCGCUGAGCAACUUGAGCUCGUCCCGCAGGAACCUGCACGAGUUUGAUUCGGAGUCCCAGCCGUUGCAGCCCAUCUCUGCAGCGGAUGCGUCGGAUACCCUAGCCUCGAAACCGGAGAGCAACUCGACCACCCUAAUGCCUUACGCAUCGGGCGACGGAGGCGGUGGAUGCAGUCACGGCGGCAAUAAAUCGGGCAAAAAGAAGAAUCAGAACAUUGGGCAAAAGCUCGGACACAGAAGGGCCCUGUUUGAGAAAAGAAAGCGUCUCAGCGACUAUGCGCUGAUAUUUGGGAUGUUUGGAAUCGUUGUUAUGGUUAUAGAGACAGAACUCUCGUGGGGAGCGUACGGGAAGGAGUCCUUGUAUUCCUUAGCCCUAAAAUGCCUGAUAAGCCUUUCUACAAUCAUUCUUCUCGGCUUGAUUAUCAUUUAUCAUGCCAGGGAGAUUCAGCUGUUUAUGGUGGACAAUGCGGCGGACGAUUGGAGGAUAGCGAUGACCUAUGAACGCAUCUUCUUCAUCUGCCUGGAGAUCCUGGUGUGCGCCAUCCAUCCCAUCCCGGGCAAGUACACGUUCACGUGGACGGCGCGCCUCGCCUUCUACUACACGGCCUCCAAGACGGACGCUGACGUGGACAUCAUCCUGUCCAUCCCCAUGUUCCUGCGCCUCUACCUGAUCGCCCGCGUCAUGCUCCUGCACAGCAAGCUGUUCACGGACGCGUCGUCGCGGAGCAUCGGCGCCCUCAACAAGAUCAACUUCAACACGCGCUUCGUCAUGAAGACGCUCAUGACCAUCUGCCCCGGCACGGUGCUGCUCGUCUUCACCAUCUCCCUGUGGAUCAUCGCGGCCUGGACCGUGAGAGCCUGCGAGAGGUACCAUGAUAACCAGGACGUAACCAGCAACUUCCUAGGAGCCAUGUGGUUGAUCUCAAUCACCUUUCUAACCAUUGGAUAUGGGGACAUGGUCCCUAACACAUACUGUGGCAAAGGCGUCUGUCUCCUCACUGGCAUUAUGGGUGCCGGGUGCACUGCUCUGGUAGUGGCGGUGGUGGCAAAGAAGCUGGAAUUAACCAAAGCCGAAAAACACGUCCACAACUUCAUGAUGGACACACAGCUGACUAAAAGAGUGAAGAACACGGCUGCAAAUGUUCUCAGGGAGACGUGGCUCAUCUACAAGAACACCAAGCUGGUGAGGAAGAUGGACCACGCCAGGGUCAGGAAGCACCAGAGGAAGUUCCUCCAAGCCAUUCACCAAGCUCGAAAAUUAAGAAGUGUUAAAAUGGAGCAACGGAAACUGAACGACCAGGCAAACUCUCUAGUGGACCUCGCAAAGACUCAGAAUAUCAUGUACGACCUCAUCUCGGACCUGAACGAGCGCGGCGAGGACACGGAGAAGCGCAUAGCCGUGUUGGAGACCAAGCUGGAGACCCUGCUCAGCAGCCUGCAGGCCCUGCCGGGCCUCAUCACCCAGCUGAUCGGCCAGCAGCAAAGGGACUUCCUGGAGGUGCAGCUGCAGCCGUACGACAGACGCAGCCCCGAGCGCUCGCAGUCUGUCUCCCACCGUCGUUCCUCCUCCACGGCUCCGCCCACCUCCUCUGAGAGCAGCUAGAGCCCCGCCCCCUGCUCCGCCCGUCUCUUCUCAGAGCGGCUAGAGCCUGCUGCUCCGACCAGGACUUUUGCCAUCAUAUGGCCAAGUUGCAUUUUACUGUAAAGCCUUAUGGUUUCAAUAAAGUAUUAUCCGAAUUUUGAUGACAGCGUCAAGCAGGGGAUAAUGCAAUUGAAAUGGCAUAACUUCCACAUACAGUCAAAUCUUUAUUUUUACCUCAGAAAAACUGUUCUCUCUUCUCUGCUGCCAGGUUCACAGAGAAAUAUUUCCUCAGUACAAAUGACUAAAAGAUGGGGCUAUCAAGGUAACAAGUCCUCUGAGUCACCUCUAAAGUGACUUAUUUAAGGAGAGCAGUGUUACAACCUCCAAGGCGCAAAAAAACCUCUGCGUCACUAUAGUGCUUCCCGG